UUCUUUUGUAUUGUUAUAUACAAGAACAAUUAAUUGUUCGUGGUGCUUUAUUUAAAAACAGAAAAUAUACAAGAUAUUUAUGUUGAAUUUCAAUGCUGAUUUGGUGAAAGUAUAACAUUAAAUAUCUUUCUAAAAUGUGCGAGCAAACAGAAAUUAAUUACUUGGAAGGAGAUGUUGUUUGGGUGAAACUCGGAGCUUGUUGGUGGCCAGGACAAGUUACUGGGUUUCAUAAUUUACCUGAAGAUAUUCAACGUGAAUUUCAAAAGAAACCUUUAAUAGCUGCUGUAAAAUUUUUUCAAGAAGAUACAUAUGAAUUUGUCAAGAAUUAUCAGCAGAUUUAUAAAUAUAACUGUACCAUGAAAGACGAAUUUAUUAGGAAAGGAUUAGAUAAAUAUAGAAGCAGAAGCAAAGAUGGUUCCAGAUACAUGGAUAAAUUUCCUGGAGAUGUUGAAAUGGCUGAAAAAUUAACAGGUGGUGAUCCUGAUAUAUUAAGUCAUGAUAAAUUUUGUCCAGAGGAAAAACCAAAUAUAUCAGCUUUAUUUGGAGACAAAAAAAUUCCGAAAAAGAAACGAGAACGAGAUGAAAGUCACAGAAAAAAUGAUAGUAUUGAAGUUGUACGAAAAAUUACACAUCCACGGUUUUUAAGAGAAAGUGAUCAUGAGGUUCGAAUUCGACAACAACCUAGCAGUUUAUCAUCUACACCAAAUAAUAGUGGUUCUCCACAAUAUCCUUGUCAUUUAUGUAAUUUUACUUCUUCUCGAGUUAAUGUUAUCAUCUGUCACAUAAAAAGUCAUAGAUCUGGAAAUUCACCAAUAUUAAAAUCUAAAGUUAAAACUUAUUCUCAGUAUAAAAACAGGUAUCCUGAAGUAGAGACUCCAAAAAGAAAAUAUGCCAAGAAAGAGAAAAGUCAGACAAAUAAAAGUAAGAGUAGUAGUGAAUCUGGUAAAAGAAAACAAAUUAAACAAACAGACAAAGCUGCUAAGAAGAAGAAGACUUCAGAUCCUAAAAUUCGUGAUACUAUAUUAGCAGACUGGGAAGAUGAAUCAGAUGAAGAAAUUAGUUUAAAUCAAAGUAAACCAUCUGAUUUAGCAUCUCUAAAUAAUUCACCAACAAAGAAUCAAUUUGAUUUUAAGAAGUCAGAAGAAACAAAUGAAAAUAAUUCUGUAGUAACAGAUACUAAUGAAAUAAUCGAGGAAACUGAAAAAUUGCUUAAAGAAACAGAGAAACUUACAACAAUUAACAUAACAGAAGAUUCUUUAUCUGAUAGUUCCGAUACUUCAAAAAAUUUAAAAUCAAAUCUUUUUGAUAAACAGUCUGAGAUAGAGAAAGAUACUAAAAUGUCUGAUGUUGACAGUAAUGAAUCUACUAAUAAACCUCAAAUAGAAAAAGAAACUUUUAGUAUUGAUAAUGAAAGUAAACUGCAUGCAUCAGAUAAAAACGACAAAAAGUCGUUAUUAUCUUGUUUUGAUUUCCAUGAAGAAGAACCAUCUAUACCUCCUGUAAGGAAAAAGGCACGCGCAUUUCAUCAGAAAAAAGAAAUAAUAAAAGAAUUUGAAAUGAGCCAAGCUCUAAAAACAGAACAAGAAAAAGAAACUGAAAAUGAUAAACCUGAAGAUGAAGAUAACAAUACUAGUCCAAAUGAAUGUGAAAAAUUAGAUACACAGUUGUCUCUAAGUGAGCAGACCUUAGAAAGAAAUGAAAAUAAUGACAAAGCUAAAGAUGAUAAUAAAGGAGCUACAAAUAAUGAAAUUGUGCAAACAAAGGAAAAAAUUAAAUCUGAGAAAGAAUCAGAAGAAAUACAAACAUCUAGUAUUAAUACUUGUGAAACAGAAUUAGAAAUUGUAGAAAUAUUUGAAGUUGAAAAAGUUGAAACUGAAACUGAAAAUGCUACAAAUAGUUCAAAAAAUAUUGAGGUACAAAAUUCUGCAACAAUAAAUCUAACAUUAAAUACUAAUAAAAAAUUAACAGAAAAUAAAGAUUUAAAUAUUCAUAAUGAUUCUACUGCUGAUAAACAUGCAGAUUUUAAACAUACAACUGUUAAAGAAAAUAUAGAAAACAUAGAACGCGAACCUUUAAAGCAAACUGAAGAAACUUUGUCUGAACGAUUUACAGUAGAAACAGAAGAUGAAACUAUCUCUGAAUCUGCUGAAACUUUUCCAGAACAAAGUGAAAAUUCAGAUGCAGAAAUGCUGGAUCAAGAUCAAGUGCCUAAUUCAAAUUCUACAAACAUUUUAUUAAACAAUGAUCAGUCAAAUAUUAUUCCACGAGUUCUUAAACGUAGGGGUAGACCAAGGAAAUCAGAAUCUGUUCGUACUAGUACUAGUGGAAGUGCAAGUGGCAGUGAAAGUCCAAGAAGAAGAGAUAAUAAGAAUAGUCCAAAAACUUUUGAAAAAUUUGAAUUAGAAAGAAGAACUUCAGAAUCUGAUAGCGAACGUUCAUAUAGUGGAAGAAAACGAAAACCAAAUAAAAAAUAUGUAGAAUCCGAUAUAUAUGUACAAGAUGUAGAUCAAAAAAUAUAUAAGACUGAUGAAAGUCAAUCUGAAAAUGAAGAAAAUUUUGAAAAAGUAAAAAUCAAAUCAAAAAGAAGUAAGAGAUGUAUAGAAAAUGUCAAGAAAAUAAAUGAGAGUAUUAAACUUAAAGAAGGAAAAGAAAUAGAAAUUUCUUGUAAUACAAUGGAUACAACAGAAAAUAAUAUCAAUUCUUCAAAUAAAGAAUUAAAAGAUAAUUUACUUGAGGAUACAUCUAAAAAGCAAGUGCUUAUAGAAUUAGAUGAAAAACUUAGUGACAAUCAAACGUCUAUUGAAAUUCCUAAAAAGAUACAAGUACCAAUUGAAGAAAAAAUUGUACCAAAAGGAUCUGAUACGUUUGUUUUUGAAAGUACAAAGUCUUUAGCAGUAGAAGAUAGUACUUCUAAAUCUGAAGGUGCAAUAUUUGAACAUGCUAAAACAAAGGACAAUGACACUGAAAACAUACUAACAUCAAGCAAUUUUCAACAAGAAGAUUUGAAAAAUUUUGGAAUAGAAUCUUCAAAUACACUUCAAUUGAAGUUUUCACCAGAGAAAGAAACGUCUCAUCAACUGGAUACUUCAAAAACUAUUGACAUGCUUCCUCCUAAAAAAUCUCAAAUAAAAAAGUUUGAGUUAUCGCAAAUUGAUUUUUUUGAUACUGAUACUUCUACUAAUAAAAUCACAGUCGAUUCCGAAUUAGAUAAUAGAAAAGAAAAAUUAGAAAAUUUAAGUACUGAAGCAAGUGAAAGUAAUACGGAUCUAAAAGCAGUUAGUUCUUUAAAAUCAAAGGGAGAUAUCUCAGAACAACAUGAAAUGGAUACCAAUAAUGUAGAAAUUACAAAAGGUGCAAAUCAGAAAGAGGAAAAAAAUAAAGUCCAAGAUAAAGAAAUAACUGUAUCAAUAAAUCAAAAAGUUCAUCAUAUUGGAAUGGAAACAUUGGGAAAACAAGAACAAGAAGUUAAAUUAGAAAACUUGGAACAAUUAUCUAAAGAUCCAAUAAAUACAUUAAGUGAACAACAAGCUCAAAAUAGAACAUCAAUACAAACAAGAUAUAAAGGAAAAUUUACCCCAGAAACAGGUGCUAAAUUAAAGAAAGAUAAAGAGCUCUUCCUUGAAGAAAAAUCAACAAAUACAUUCCAAGAAGCUUUCUUAAAAACUUUACACAUGGACAAGAAAAAGGGUACAGUUGGUGAUUCUGAUACAACUGGAAAGGCAAAGAAAGGUAAAAAAUUAGUGAAGAAGAAAACUGAAGAGAUAGUAGAUACAAAUAUUUCUUCUGAGACAACUCAAAAUAUAACAAUUGAAGAGCCAAAUAUUUCAGAAAAUAUUCCUAAUCUUUCUGAAGACAAUCAAGUUACAGUUAUGAGCAACUUUGGAAAUAUAGAAGUAGUAGUUGAUCAAAAUCUUGAAAUUGAAACAAAAGUAGAUGAGACUAUAUUCCAAAAUGUUGAUCAACUUACAUCAUCGUCAUCAAAUGAAUUUAAUAUUAUGUCUAAAUCAUUGGUACAAUCACCUUCUACUGAAGAUAAUUCUAAAUCUAUCAAUUUAGAUGUGCAUAAAUUAGAUGAAUCCUCAAGAACAUCAACUUCUACACCUUCUCCAUCAUCUGACGUUACAGUGCCGGUGAAAAAACGGGAAAUGCCACGAAUAAUUGAAAACGUAACAUUAACUGAACCGAUGCAAAUUUUAAAAUCGAAAUUAUUAGAUAAAUUACCGCAGAAAGGAAUAAAACAUAAGUUAGAAACAGAGAGCACAAAGAAACUUGAUCAGAAAGGAGCUUCCAAAGCGAAAAUAAUGAAAAUUGAAUCUUUAGCUUCAAAUACUAAAAUGAAAACUGGUGCAAAGGUUACAUCUCCACAUUUAUCUAUAACUAAAAAGUUACAAGUUUUAAAAGCUGAAGAGGCAGAAACAGCAACAAUGAUAGAAGCACAAAAUGAACAAUUAAAUGUAAAAAGCUCAAAAACUCCUACUACAACUACAAGUGAAAAGUACAUUCAACAAAGUUCACAAAGCUUGGCAGAUAUGGAACUAGACAUAAAUUCAAUGCCAUUUGUUUUAAGUGAAGAUGUUUUAACUCCUGAAAGUAUUGAACAAAUGCCUGUUGUUAUUUCCUCUAUUAUACCUGCAUCCAGCACAAUUCCAGCAACACUAUCUUUUACUCCAACUACACAAAUAGUAUCCCCUACUCAAACUCAAUUUAAAUUGAAUGAAACUACUAGUGAAGUAUCACCUACAAAGAAAAAGAGUGGUCCUCCGGCAAUUUUGAAAAAUAAAACUAAAGCAAAACCUACAAUUACGAGUAUAAAAACGCUAGUACCACCAUUUACAGGUGGUGUAAAAGGUAUAAAAUUUCAAAAUACACCAGCAACAAACAAAGUACCACCUCUUUUAACCCAGAAGGGUUCAUCGGGAAAAUAUGUAGUGGUUCAAACCUCUGGAGGGCAACAAUUACGAUAUGGUGUUCAAGGAAAAACUGGUACACAACAAAAAAUUGCUAUACCAACUGGUAAAAAUACUGGAAAUGCACAAGUAGUUCAACAAGGUAGUAAAGUAGUUAUAUUAACAUCAGCACAAUCAGGUCAAACUAAAAUGCUACCUUUAAAUAUCUCUAAAACAUUAAGUGGUAAAGUUCAAAGAAUUAUGACAAGCAAGGGGCAAGUAUUUUGUCCUAUUAGUCCACAAGGUAUUAUAAAUUCAAAAACAAUCAUUGCACCAAAAGGAGAUGGUGUUUCAGCAACAACAUCUAAACUUCCUGCUGGACAUAAAGUUAUUAAUACACAAGGCAUAUUAGCUUCAAAAGGAGUCCUAACUCCUAUUUCAGGAACAAUUGGAAAAACUGCUCUAUUAGGGACAUUAUCUCAAGGAAUUCUCACAAAAGGCGGAAUUUAUACACCAAUAAGUGCUUCUACUUUAAGUGGAAAAACUAUUAUUGGGUCAAAAGCCUUAGUUACAAAAGGUACAACCAUUUUAUCUUCACAGAAUUUGGGUUCUUCUAAGGCUAUUUUGACUCCUAUAUCUCAAGCUAUUACUGGUAAAACAAUUUUAAGUACUCAAGGUAUUGUAAGUACCAAAGCAACAGUUUUGACACCAAUAACAGGACAACAAGUGAAAGCUAUCGCAGCAAAAAGUCCAUCUAAAGGAAAUAAGGUACAAUAUCAAUCUGUACAGCAAAAAGUGCAAUUACCUAUGUUACAAAAAUCACACAAAGUUUCAAUGUCUGCUACUUCACAAGGAAGAUCUGGGCAAAUGAAAACUGGUAGUAGUACAGUAGUAUUACAAAAUACAAUUCCUACACAAAAGACCAUACAGCAAGGAAAGAAAAUAAUUAAACAGAAAGUUGUUCAGCAGGGUUCUGCUAUUCAGAAUAUUACACAUCAAGGUGGCAACCAGCAGACAAUAGGUAUAAAUCCACAAAUUCAACAGAAAGGAAAGGCAGUAUCUACAUCAUCUAUACAAAAGGUUAUUAUACCUCGUGGUAGCCGGCAACCAAAAACACAACAAAAAAUUGUUGUUCAGAAAGUACAGGAACCUGUAAUUACAACUGUACAAAAUAUACAAUCAAAACAAACGGUUUCAUCAUUGAAUACUGUGCCAAAUAUAUCUAAAACAACAAUUCAGCAAAAACAGACAGCUAGUAGUACUGCAACUACAAAGGUUACUGCAAAAAAUCAAGGGAUAAAUAAGACUACUACACAACAGCAAAAGAAUUUACUAAAUAUUGCAAUGAAUUCUGUAACUGCGACUAAUAUGAAUACAAAUCUUUCUACAUCUCUGUCUCUUCCACCAUUAGAACCCAUUGAAUCUGAAAGGAAGCCAAAAAUAGAAAAUAUACUUGUUGAAUCUGUUCAGAAGGAACAACCUAAAGUAGAAAAGUUUAAUGUCGAGAAAAGCGGUGAAAUAGAAAAAAUAGAAGAACCAAAAAUAACAACACAACCACAAAUAAUGGCUUUGCCAACAGAAAGUAGCGAUGGAACCCAAACUUAUGUUUUAGUAACUAUUGAUGAACAAGGACAAAUACAACCUCUUGAUAAUAAUACUCUUAUGUCAUUAGAAGGUACUACACAAAAUCCAGAUGGUACAAGAACACUAUAUAUAGAUCCAAGUUCAUUAGGAGAAGCAGGCACAUUAGACAAUAUUGUUCUUCAAUUUGAUAAUGGUGUAUUACCAAAUAUACAAACCAGUGCUACAGAAUCUACUCAAACAAUUAUAUCAGAAAGUUUUUCUAAUUCAGAAGUAAUACAGACAUCAAAUCAAGAUAUUUUAGCUGCUGCUUUGGCAAAUACAGAUUUUCAACAAGAAAUCAGUUUAACAGAGAAUCCUACAGGAAAUGUAAUGUCUACUGGUUUAACUCAAACAAGUUUAAUCAACCAAACUAUCUUGCAGUCAACUAUCAUACCUCCUACAGAACCAAUAUCUUCUCCCUCUGUGCUUGAAACCUCAUUGACUUUAAAUCAACCAAUAAUGACGCCAUUAGAGGUUCCCAGUAAUUUACCAAUACAAUCAGAAUCGACUCCAACUUCUGCUGUGGCAACCAUCCCGUCUUCUCUCGAAUUACCAAUAACGAUUACAAACCCUAAUAUUUCAUAUAUAUCAACAGAAGCACAAAUUCAAAUCCCUGGUAAUUCUAUGCCAGAUAUUGGAGAAAUUAUGGAAAAUCCAAGUACUGCGGAAAUCGCUCGAACGGAAAUUCCUGCAAGUACUCAAUAUCUAGUAUUACCAAAUUUAGAAGAUAAUAUUACUGUAGAAACUUCAAAUGGACAGAGUAGUACUAUUUCAAUGCCUAGUGUUUCAUAUUCAGUUUCAAUACCAAAUAACAUAGUUUUAGAAAGUUCACAAGUUCAGACUACUCCUUCAAUGCCAAUAAUAGAUGAUACCUAUGCUGAAAAUGUGCAAUUUACUUCAGCUAUAGAAUCAUCAAUGGCAACAGAACAGACUUUUGUAGAUGUACCUGUUUCUGAGAUGCUUGUUUCAAAAUCUCCUAUUUCCACAAAAAAUGUACAAUCACAAAAUAUUGCUGUAACAUCAGAAAUUAUAGUAUCACAUGAUGUUUCUGCAUCUUCUCAGGAACCUAUUGUAUCAACAAAUGAAUCAUCUAUUUUAAAUGAGGAGCAGGAUACAAUACCUUUACAAGAAGUAUAUUCUUCUCAAGAUAUUUCCAUGAAGUCACAGGAAGUAAUCUUAAAAGAAACAGUGACUAAAGACGAUAAUGAUUCAAAUAUGGCAAUUGGUAGCCAAAGUGAAGAAGUUAGUAAUAAUGAUAAUAUAGUACAUGUGCAAAUUGUGGAACAAGCAGAUGAUGCAAUGACAAGUAGUAUGUCAAUAAUGGAUGAAAAUACUUUAGUUUCCUCUGAAUCCAAUUUACAAAUUUCGCCUAGAGAACACGCGAGUUUUGAAGUUUCGGAAUCAAAUGAAAUAGAUACAAAUAGUUCACAAGAAUCACAAAAUAUAAACAAAUUUAAAGAAUUAAAUUUUGGUGAACAAUCUGAUAAUAAAGUUCACUCUCCUAUAUGUGAAGAACAAGCAGCAACAUCCAAUGAAGUAGAAGUCGUUCAAGAAGGAGCACAAAUUUUACCUGCAGAAUCAUUAAAUCGUCUGGAUGAACAAAGUAUGGAUAUAGAUGAAGCUAUAGAAUCUAAAAUUUAUGCCGCAAGUACGGUAAAAGAAUCAGAAGACUCUCAGAGAGAUGAACCAUCAUCUCAAGGUGAAUCAAAUCUGGUUCAAAGAAAUCUAGAGUUACAUUUUGAAGAAGGAAAUGCAGAGGCUAGUCAUGAAGCGCCAUCACAAUCUUAUGAACAAUUUGGAAUAGCAAUGACUACUGAUUCUACUGAUUUACCUAGUCAGUCUGCUACAAAGUCUGAAAAUUCAAGAGAACCCUCACAAUCAAUAACAUAUGAACCUAUGGAGACAGACGAAGAAGCUGUUGUAACAGAACCACCAACACAAUCAUUUGAACAUUCGAAAAUGAAUGAAGCUUCUCAGUCAUAUGAAGCAUCUGCAGAAGCAAGUACAAAUGCACCUACUCAAUCUUUCAAUGAAUUAAUGCAAAGUCAAGAAGAAAGAUCAACUAUUGAUGAUGCGAUUGACGAUCAAACGUUUCCGACACAGAGCUAUGAAGUCGAGAAAACAGAAAAUAUUCCAGAAAAUUUAGAAACUGAUGCAGAAAUUAGUCAGGAAGGAAACAUGCCAUCUCAAUCAAAUGAUAUUGGUACCGAUGGUAUUGGUACAUCUUCAGUUUCUACAAAUAAUUCUGGACUUAAUGAAGACGAAACUGCAAGUUCGUCUUAUGUUCCAGAAACUCCCGAGAAUCAAGAAAGAGAUCCAGAUCAGGAAAGUGCAAUAAGUACAUCAUCUUGUGAAAUUCCUCCAUGUGCUGAAUUAAAUAUUGCAUCAUCUAGUGCAGAGCAUACAAGUAUCCAUGACAAUGGAGUACCUGAAAUACCUACAUCUUCAUAUAAUUUGAAUCCAGACAUUACAUCAACUCAUGUGGACUCUGUCCCAACUUCUAGUUAUGAAGAACAAAAUGUAUCAACUUCUUAUGAAGUACCAAUCUCUAUGCCUGGCCUAGAAGAAACCCCCUCUCAGAAUUUUGUUGCAGAAAGUACAGAUCACAGAAAUGAACCUUCUAGUUAUUAUACUCAUCACCAAGAAGUAACAGCAAGUUAUUAUGAAUCUGUAGGGCAAGAAACAAAUUCCAGAUUGGAUGGAGAUCCACAAGAAGAAGUUACUCCCAGUUAUUAUGAUGGUAAUCCACAAGAAGCAAGUCAAAGUUAUUUUAACCCAGAAGAAGCCACACCAAGUUAUUCCAGUCAUAAUGUCUCUCCCAGUUAUUAUGAUCAUAGACCAGAAAGUGAAGCAAGUCAAAGUUACUACUCUGCAGAUGAUAUAGAAAAAUCAGAGCAAUCUUCCUCACAAAAUAUUGAGGCAUCGCAAAGUUUUUAUCAAGAACAAUCUGAUGAAUUAAAAUUAACUCAACAAGGAGAAGCUACUCCAACAUAUACAGAAAGGUAUCCAGUUGAUUAUACAUUGGAAAAUUCACCAAUAGAAAGGCAUGAUCUUGUAGAAAGUUCUGUACCAGCCACCAGGCCUACAGAGAGGUAAUAUAUUAUGAUGAAAAAUAGCAUUGCGCUAUAAAAAGAGUCCUUGUUUUCAUAGACUAAUGGACAUU